CCUCCAACGCCGACUUCCUGCUAUCCAUCAUCGGCUUCGCCGUCGACCUCGCCAACGUGUGGCGCUUCCCCUACCUCUGCUACAGGAACGGUGGCGGGGCGUUCCUGGUGCCGUACUCGCUGAUGCUGGUGUUCGGCGCCGUUCCUCUCUUCUACAUGGAGCUCAUCCUGGGCCAGUACAACCGCCAGGGGCCCAUCAGCGUCUGGAGGAUCUGCCCGCUCUUCAAGGGCGUGGGCUUCUGCGCGGUGCUGGUGGCGUUCUACGUGUCGUUCUACUACAACGUCAUCAUCGGCUGGGCGCUGUACUUCUUGGUGGCGAGCGCGGCGCCCGAGCUGCCCUGGCUGCACUGCAACAACUCGUGGAACACCGAGUGGUGCUGGGACUCCAGCGCGGGGUCGCGCGCCCAGGUGGCCGCCUCCGCCGCCGCCGCCGCCGCAGCAGCCGCCGCCGCCAACUCGUCCGCCCCCGCCGCCGCCGCCGCCGCCAACGCCUCCACCGCCGCCUCCGCAGCCGCCGCGGCCGCCGUCGCCAGGCUGCCGCACUCGCCCGCCUCCGAAUACUUCCACCGCGCGGUGCUGGAGAUGCAGUGGAGUGACGGGCUGCACGCCAUGGGCUACCCCAAGUGGCAGCUGGUGCUGUGCCUGCUGCUCGUCUACACCAUGCUCUACCUCUCGCUCUUCAAAGGCGUCAAGUCCUCAGGCAAGGUGGUGUGGGCGACGGCGACGCUGCCGUACGUGGUGCUGUCCAUCCUGCUGGUGCGCGGCCUCAUGCUGCCGGGGGCGCUGUCCGGCAUCUCCUACUACCUGCACCCCGAGCUCUCCAGGCUGGCCGACACGCAGGUGUGGGUGGACGCUGCUGUCCAGAUCUUUUAUUCCGUCGGAGCGGGCUUCGGCGUGCAUCUCUCAUACGCCAGUUACAACACAUUCCACAAUAACUGUUUCAGGGACUGCCUCAUCACGACGGCGGUGAACUGCUUCACGAGUUUCUUCUCCGGCUUCGUCAUCUUCACGUACCUGGGCUUUAUGGCGCACAAGCAGGGCGUGCACAUCAGCGCCGUGGCCACCGAAGGACCUGGGCUGGUCUUCCAAGUGUACCCAGAAGCAGUGGCGACUUUGCCAGGCUCUCAUUUCUGGUCCAUGCUGUUCUUCUUCAUGCUCAUCAUGCUGGGGCUUGACAGUGCGAUGGGUGGUAUGGAAUGUGUUAUCACUGGUCUGAUGGAUGAAUUUCAUGGUUUCUUCCACGGAAAGAAAUUUGCCAGAGAAAUAUUUACACUCAUAGCAGCCGCAGUUUCUUUCUCCAUUGCACUCAUUAAUGUCACUCCAGGAGGAAUAUACAUGUUUCACCUGUUUGAUACAUAUUCAGCAGGCAUUUCACUUCUCUGUUCUGCACUGUUUGAAGCAAUUGCUGUUUCUUGGUUCUAUGGAUUGGAGCGAUUCUCUAGGGAUGUUGAAGCAAUGCUUGGCUCAAAACCAGGCAUUUACUGGAGGAUAUGUUGGAAAUUCAUAAGUCCCUCCUUUAUUGUGGGUGUUGUGAUGUUUGGUCUCCUGUACCAUCAGCCCUUACAGUACAAUGAUUAUCACUACCCAAGCUGGGCUGAAUGGGUGGGCUGGGGACUUGCUCUGUCCUCCAUACUCAUGAUACCACUUGUAGCUACUGUCCAACUCCUAAGUUCCACAGGCACAUGUAAAGAGAGACUGGCCUACAAUAUCUCACCUUUGGAAGAACAUGAAGCCAUCAGAGAAACUGGUGUGGUGACAAGAUUCAGGUGUAGACAUUGGCUAUAUGUGUGAAGAUUUUGUUUUCUCAUAUACUGGGACCACUUUGGCAACUACUGCCUUCAGCCUACCAGUUAACUUAUAAAAUUUGUACCAGGUUAAUUUCAUAUGUGAAGGCAACAUUUUUAUGUGACUGAAUGAGACACCAUUUUUGUGAUGAUUUUUUUAAAUACUUUGUAGUAAAAUGUCUCAAAGUGGUGUUGAAAUAAUAGAUUAAUUUGUGUGUUCAAGACUUGCCUUGUGCACAGUGCAAAGUAUUAUGUCUUCAUCCAAACAGCUGUGUGCAGAAUGUAUCAGACCCUUAGUUUUGUAGUUUGAAAUGAUAGUAUCUGAACUCCAUUAAUAGGAAAAAGUGUGCCAAAAUGUAAAAUAGCUUGGAUAAACUGGUACGAUAAUAUCUAUGCAAAAUUUAAUAUUUUUAAAAGUUAUUGUAACAGAAACCUGAAUUAACUGCAGCAAAAGUUUCUUCAGUCACCACUGCAUCACAGUCAGGUAUUACUGCUAUCUGUACUAUUGUUGCUCAACUGCUGAAUAAUGUGAGGUAAUUUCAGUAUUUUCUGAACAAAAAUGUAAUAGUAAAUGCACUGCAAAAAUGACGUUAAAUUUUUGGGUAUUUUGUAACUAUUAUGAUGACAGCAUACAUAAGGUAGAACAAACCUGUUAAACUAUGGAAGCUUUAUUGUGCCAAAAUCAGGAUUCAUUAUAGUAAUUCAAGAGAAAGUAAUUUCACUGUAAUAUAGUGUGAAAUGAAUCCCAGAAGUUUAGAAACAAUGGAUGAAGAGUGACAUUAUACAACCCUUAUAACAAUUUAUAUGUUAAUUACAUUUACUAAAAAAUAUGGAAACCAACAUGGGAAAUAAUACUAAUGAGGACUUGAUAAGCCAACCUGCCUGAAAAGGUGACAAAAACAAGGAGAUGAAAUGUUCUGAUCCAGUGACUUUAGAAACACUUUGUUCUUCUUUCAAAACAAAGUAAAAAAAUUUAGUAAAGAAAUUUGAAGGACUAGUAAGUGAUUCAUAUCAUCAAUGCAUCAUAUAUAGUUAUACUAAUAAAACCUCUGUACUUGACUUUGUACAGUGGUACACAAACAAGUAAAUUAUUUUGAUUUGAGACUAUGUACCUAAAACCUUCCAUUGUUAUAAAUACUGUUCUAUGACUAGGCUUUAAAAACAUUCCCAUCACAAUUCAAAUUAAAACUUCUUUCAGCCCUAUUUUUUAUAUACAGUAUGACAGUUCAAAAAUUAAGAGCAGCUAGCUCAUAUUUGAGAACCAUUUAAUAUAGAAGACCAAUAUUACCCAGGUGGUGCAUUUAUAAUGUUAUAAAUCUCUGUAAUUCUAUUUAUUACACAACAGAAGUCACAUCAAUCUCUCUGGUAGAAAACGACACCACAAAGUUCUACUCUUCAAGACAUUUUCAUUUGAUAUUGUAUCCUUGUUCUGAAAGUACAACAAUAAGAAUUUUCCUAGCCUCAUAUUCACGAAUCCAUGUUACUGUCUUCACCUUAAAAUCAUCAGCACCACAUGUCAGAUUUUACUGUCCUGCAGCAUCAAGAUCUUAUAUUUCUCUUUCUUACUGCAUUUAUUAUGCUGUUUCACAUAAUUACUCUUCAUGCACCUUCUGCUCUGUACUCAUUACUUCUGUUUCAGGACACUCCUUGAAUUAUUUUGCCUUCAUCCUGUCUGAAAUUUCAUUAAUUUCAAGUUUUACAUUCAUUUUUGUGAUCUUCAUCUGUUCAAGUAGUGCUGAUACUGCUUUUCCUUUAGUGUAUUGUUUUAUUCCUCAAGGUAGCUGCCCAUAGCUGCUCAGUCACUUCAUGUUAUAUUAUUUUUCUGCCUGUCUCUUGUAACUCAUUCUGUCCUAUAUCUUUGAUGUCAUUUCAAAGUUAUUCUUUAGUUUCUGAUUAAAAAAUUUCUAGUUCUGAAAAUCCCAUUUAUCUAUUUCACAUUGUUUUAUAAUUACUUUAUAAUAUAUCUAGAGGUUUGUUCCCCAUUUAUUCAGCCAUUACCUUGGAACUUUUUCACACAUUUUAAAGCUUAGUGAUGCGUAAAUGUGGUGAUGAAGGAAGAAUUUUAAAUGAAAUUUUUAUGUACAAUGUAUAUCUCCAAUUAUACCCCAGAAUUGUUUGCUGUACAGGACACAAAAUAAAUAUUUAGCAGAUCUUCUUUUGUUUACAGUUAAUUGCAGAUUGUCAGUGCUCAAAACCUUUCAAUUUAAUAUAAAGAAGAAAUUUCUCAUCACAACCUGAGUUUUAUGUGUGUUUAAUAAUCAUGCUACCACAUUUAUGCACCCAAUAUUUGUUACCUGUCUGAUUAAAUCAAAAGCAGUUUCAUUAUAUUAACUAUUAUUUUGGUAUUAUCAACAAUUCUAUGAUAUCUUUGUUAAACACAUAACAUAUUAAUAAGGUGUUACUUUUUUCACCCUUUCAUCUGCAUAUAAAAAAAGUAUCUAUUCAAUCCACAACACACCAUACCUUCACAUAAAUUCCUCUGUGUCAGACUGAGAACUCAGUACAGGUCUUCACCUUUCACAGAUGCAACUCUUCUAUCUGAAAUCAGAUGGUAGAGCACUGACAACAAAAGCAAGGGUCAAAGUUGGUAUGGAAGGCUCAAGCUAUGUUCUCCAAAAUUCAGCCAAUUGGCUAAGCCAUCUACUUCUGUAUCAUAUAAUCAAGUUUCUAACAUACACUAUCUGCUUCUUAACCAAAGAUUCAAUAAAUGAGUUUCUUUUGUAAUUUUGGUAUAAUUUAGCCAGAAGGACUAUUUUCAUAAUUCAUUAGAUGCUAAAAUCAGUUCCUUUUUUAAAAUGUAUAACCAAACUGCCAUGGUGCAUGUCCUAAUAAGUGAAUGUAAAUAUACUGGUGAUUAAGUUUAACAACCACUGAAUAUAAAAAGAAGUUUACGUCUUUAUGAAUGUAAAUAAUACUGUGAGGAAAAAAUCUGUUAUUAUUAAGUAAAUAUUUAUUGCUGUUAUUACUUAAAAUAAUAUAGCUCAUAGAUCAUAUGAAACUUUUUGAAAAUCUUCUGUGUAUAGUUUAUGAACUAUGAAGUACGUCUUUUUUUGAGACUGAUCUCAUUUUUUAUGAUAGAAUCAGAGAUGAUAAGUUCAUUAUGAAACACAUAAAAUUGUAAGUGACAACUGCAUAAUUAAUUUUUAAAUUAUUUUAAUUUACAUUGUGUUCACACAUUUCAUGCUGAUUGUAUACCGUUGUGUGCUAAUGGUAACUGGCUGAGCCUUAUAGUCAUAAUUUGUAUCACUUGACAAAUUUGUAAGAAACAAACACAAGAAUAAUUUUUCUUUAAAAUUAAUGUGUUACUUUUGUUGCUACAAGACGUUUAUGAUACCAACUCUGUAAUUACAAGAGACAUAGAAUAAAUAUUUAGCACAU